GAGGAAGAGGCCCCCAGCCCCACAGAGCCCAGCGCCGAGGCCCCAGAGCCCCCCCGAGGAGCCGCUCCUGGGAGAGCUGACCGUGACGGGCUCCUCCCCGCGCUCCCUGAGCCUCUCCUGGACCGUCCCCCAGGGACACUUUGACUCCUUCACUGUCCAGUACAAGGACAGCGAUGGGCGGCCCCAGGUGGUGCGUGUCGGGGGCCGGGAGAGGGAGACGACCGUGACCGAGCUGGAGCCUGGACGCAAGUACAAGAUGAACCUGUACGGGCUCCACGGGGGUCAGCGCGCGGGCCCCGUGUCCGCCGUGGGCGUGACCGAUCCAGAGCAGGAAGCUGUGACCACACAGGAGGCGCCCACCAUGACCUCUGAGCCUCCUCCAGAGAAGCCACACCUGGGAGAGCUGACCGUGACGGGUGCCACCCCAGACUCCCUGAGCCUCUCCUGGACCGUCCCCCAGGGACAGUUUGACCACUUCCUGAUCCAGUACAGGAACGGGGACGGGCAGCCCAAGGUGGUGCGGGUGCCAGGGCACGAGGACCAGGUGACCAUCCCCGGCCUGGAGCCAGACCACAAGUACAAGCUGAACCUGUAUGGCAUCCACAGUGGCCAGCGUGCGGGCCCCGUGUCCGCUGUCGGGGUGACGGCUUCAGAGGAAGAGGCCACCAGCCCCACAGAGCCCAGCACCGAGGCCCCAGAGCCCCCCAAGGAGCCACUCCUGGGAGAGCUGACCGUGACGGGUGCCACCCCAGACUCCCUGGGCCUCUCCUGGACCGUCCCCCAGGGACAGUUUGACCACUUCCUGAUCCAGUACAGGAACGGGGACGGGCAGCCCAAGGUGGUGCGGGUGCCAGGACACGAGGACCAGGUGACCAUCCCCGGCCUGGAGCCAGACCACAAGUACAAGCUGAACCUGUAUGGCAUCCACAGUGGCCAGCGUGCGGGCCCCGUGUCUGCUGUCGGGGUGACGGCUGCAGAGGAAGAGGCCCCCAGCCCCACAGAGCCCAGCGCCGAGGCCCCAGAGCCC